GGCCCUCCCCGUCUGCGGGUAUAUAAAGUGGGGAGCGCUCCCGCCGACGGCCAAUGCGCAGGGAGAGCAGCGCCCGCCCGCCCCCCCGCUGCAGACGGACGUCGAGGCGGCGAUGAGACUCCCGCUGGCACUCGCCGUGCUCCUCCUGGCCUCGGCGCAGGCGCUGGCCGAGGAGAUGGGCCCCCCAGACGACCUCAGCUACUGGUCCGACUGGUCCGACGGCGACCAGGGGAAGGAGGAGCUGCCACUGCCCCUGGAGCAUUUCCUGCAGAGGAUGGCCCGGAGACCCCGGCCCCAGCAGUUCUUCGGCCUCAUGGGCAAGCGGGAUGCUGGAUAUGGCCAGAUCUCUCACAAAAGGCAUAAAACAGACUCCUUUGUUGGACUUAUGGGCAAAAGAUCUUUAAAUUCUGGAUCCUCGGAAAGGAGCAUAGCACAGAAUUACGAACGGAGGCGUAAAUGAGACAUCCCCGCCCGUUAUUUAUUAAACUUCAUUUGUUCCAAUGGCCAAUGCAGUGUAAUAUAAACUAACCACUGUACGGGAUAACUAUUUAUUUAAUAAUAACCGAUGUUGGGGUUUUGUUUGGUUGGUUUUGGUUUGGGUUUGUUUUGGUUUUUUUGAGUUGUACAUUCAAUAAAAUGAUUAUUUUCCAUAUUGUGGCAGCGAUACGUGUUGUGUAGGUGCGUUGUGGUUCCCAGAGGACCAGCAGCCCUGGUGACCUUGUCUCACAACAAAGCACAUCGUCCCAUAACGACCCAUAAACUUACCUUCACCAAACAAAGAGAAUAUUCUUUUGUUCAUGGAAAGCGAGUCUAUCAGCUUCACAGCCAGCGCCGAACAGAGCUGGUCUACAGUCUAGUGCCUCAAUUUGUUUUUCAUGGUUUAUAAUGUACUGUAAUUUCCGUAUCAAAAAAAAAAUAUAUUUGUAUCAUUGCAGCAUGUUUUACGUUUUGUGACUAUGUAUCUAUAUAUUUAAAAAAAAAAGUGGGGUGGAUGGGGGGUGGGUAAGGUUUGAAUGUGAAUCCCAGGUCUUCAUUUCAUAGUCUGGAAUUUUAUGAUAGUAACAUUUUAAAUAAAAACUGCUCUGGGGAUUUUGCAACAUA